AUGAGACCGGUCCUCACGUGCUGUGAUGGGCUAUCCUUGCCCUAUGGGCGUGACUAUCUGUUUGCAGCCGUCGUUGAGCGCAACGGACGAGUCGUCGCUGUCUUCCGCGAUGACGAUUUGGGUAGUUAUUCAACCGACAUGUUACCUGAGCCAAGUAAAGGGAAAAAACCGGAACCGAAGGAAAACGAUAAAGUUCAGAAAACUGACAAGCGGCGAAACUCCCUUACGGAUUCGUCGACGUUUUCGACAUCGCCAUCAUCGAACAGCAGCAGUGUUGAUAGUGACGAAGCUGCUGGCUUAUUAGGUGCGCUUUGCGAGUCAAAGGGAACGAUGACCGUUCCUGCCGAGAGCCUCUGCACUAGUCCUGCUAAUGAAGACACUAAAGAUGGUUUUGAUCAGUAUCGUCGCGCUAUUCGGACAAAUACUUCUCCGGCCGAAGAGUGUCGCCGUCGUCACGGUUUCAGGAGUAUCGCUGAUGAAGUUGGGAAUGAUUUUUCCAACGGCGACAAACACCCUACAAACGGUGAGACGGUCACGACGGUGAAGCCAGCAAUCCACACAAGAAAAAGAGCGGAAAAACAGCGAAAAGAGCGAGAGAAGCUGGAAAAGAAAGAGCGCGAUCGUGCAGCUGCAAUCCAGAAACGAGUAGAAGAAGCUGAAGCAAACAGACAAGCUGCUAUACUUGCUAGUGAAAAGGAACGACUUGCUCGUGAUUUAUUGAGAAAGGAAAAUCGACGCGGUCAGCACAAGCUUGGCCCGGUACAUUACGGGACAAGCGGCAUUGGGCAUCCGCAUUCAACUGUAGAACCUUCUCGCAAUAUCGGACCAUUGGCAAAACUACAGGCUUCUAUAGGUUUUGGCAUAGCUGCUACAGGCGUGUAUGAUUAUUACCCAAAAAUACUUGGAGCACGAAUCUCGAAACCUUCUUGCUACUACUCGGAUCAAGUGGGGCCAUGGAAAGAGAACUGGAGAGAGAGCUACCAAGAUUCUUACUUGCGCGAGCAGAACCAUGUGGGAACAUUGUAUGUUGCCAAGGAUGCGCUAGAAGGUGUAGCUAGCUCUAUGGAACAGGUUGCAUCUAUGGUUGACUCUCCUUUUUCAAACAAAUGGUUGAGGAAACUUUUGCAGUUAGCUUUGAAAGGGCAGGUUAGAAAGGUUUGGAAACGUAUGCAGAUUAUUGGAGAUGUCUUACGUAGAUAUAAAAUGGACUAUCGAUGCAAUUUUCUUGGUCUCACGGCAAUGAUAGAGUUUGUCAUGCAGGGCAUUACCAAUUUGACUAGAGACACUGCCAACAACACGAAUAUCAUCAUGUAUCUGUCUUCGCAGUUUGCAGAGAGGAAACCGUGCUUUUUGAACAAACACCGACAAUGUCUGAUGAUCGAUUUUAUUCUUCACUGUCUUGCUCCAUCGGCUGCUCAUCAACUCAUUUCUGAAAGAUCUUUCGUCACAAAACAGAAAGCUGUUCAUUUUGUUGCCAUAAGCGGACAUCCAUGUCAGCUCAAUGUCUUGCUCAGUCAUGGUACAAGCACUAAUGAUUUUGACCAAUCGAAGCAGGCACCCGUGCACUAUUUAGUUGAGAGAAACAAUGUUCUCAUGGUUCGACAACUUAUGUGGUAUGGUUCCGAUAUGUCUUUGCUUGAACAAUCAGCCUCCAAAGUGCCAUCCGAACUGUUGAAUGUAGACAAUGCUGAGGUUUGCACAUAUUUGCAGUUAAGAAUGAAAGCUCUCGAACGAGUUAUGGCAUCAUGGUUGCGAGCCAUCUGUGCAGGAAAACUGCAACUUGGGUGUGCCGCGAGUCUUCUUCACUCAAUGCGUUUUCUUGAGAUUAAUGGUAGACACAAUGAUGUGGGUACGAGCCAGUCGAACACUCAAGACAUACGAAAAAUAAAGCUGGCCUUGCGAAGGGAUGUUAUAGAGGAAGCAAGAGGGGAGAGCGAUCAUUUGGUAGUUUUCAUGCUACCGGUUGCAUUCACACCUCAGGAUGCACUAAUGCCGGCUGAGUGCCCGCAUAUUGUGCGAAGGAAAAUGUUCGAGAAAUUCCCGACUUAUCAGCUACCUUCCUUUUUCAUACAGGAUAAGCCUACCAUGUGUUUGCAAAACGUUGGAGAUUCACCGGAAUCUUCACGAGUGUUUCAAAUGUUGCCCGUUUUUCGAGAACAGCAUAAUGGAUUUUUGUAUGCUUAUCGACUUCCGUAUAAAGGCAGUCAAAUGAAGGGUGUAGAAUCAGCAACGAUGACUUGUACAGUGGAUACUUCAAAGAUUAGCAAGGAUAUAGCAGAGCAGUCGAUGAUGUUUGUGCAAAUGUUUGUGGUGAAAUCGACAUGCUCGACAUCGAGUAAACAGAAAGUGGAGUGAACGGGUGCAUGGCACGGUUUACUUACGUAAUAUAAUAAUAUUUUUGCUUUGCAAUGCUUGAUUUUUUCUGUGUAGAGACCUAGUUAUAUAAGAUUAGUUUCUGUAUAGUGCUUGCCAAAAAAUUUCUUUUUUUUUGCUAAUUGAAGCUCGAUUUAUACGCGCGCUGGGUUACUGUAUGUGUAAUAGCUUUUUCUUCUUCUCUAUGUGUUUGGCGAGGUUAGCGAUUCUUCUGAAUGCAUCUUCGAUUGUAAAAUUCUCGCUUCUUUCCAGUUCUGAUAUAAUGGAAAGUGUACCAUUUGUAUAAUGUAAGAUCGGAUGCACUUUUUCUAUAGAGUAAUCAGUCUAUACUCUUUAUAAAUCUAAAAUAACUAUGCGACCCAGUGACUGAAAAAAAACGUUCUUCUUGACUUUUCAAAAAUUCAAACGUGCUUCUUCUACUCUAUUUUCUUUCACGCAUCAAUUCGAAACAUUUUUCUUCAAAAAAAUGUAAAUAUGCUUUUCGAUUGAAAAAUCACUCAUGCUGAAAAUUAUUGCUACAUUAUCUCUUGAAGUUUCUGUUUUCUACUAAAACUCUGCUCUAACAUGCUUUGAUAGCCAUAUAGUUCCUCAUUGCUAAUUUCUCUUUCUUCUUCUAAUGUGAAAAUGAAAUCUAUUACAUAUGUCGUUUGUGUAAGCAUUGGGUGAUUUUAAAGCUAUUUUCAUGCAAACGUAUUGGUGAC